GCGUGGAAUUCCCGCUUUUCCAAAGCAAUUGAGGACACCGUUUCGCCGCCAAAUCCUCCACGGCGAUCAACUCUCUUUAGAGAGAGAAGAGAGAGAGAGAGAGAGAUGCCACAGCCGAGCAAAGAGCCGUGCAAGAAGAAUGCUUGCGACAUUCAAGCCUGUCUCUCCAAGAACAACUUCGAUCCUCGAAAGUGCCUGAAAGCCAUUGAAUUGCUUCAAUCGUGCUGCGAGAAAUGCAAUUACAACUCAACACAUUGUGCUUCUGUAUCUGACCUUUUGAAGCAAAGCCAGAGACAGACUUGAACUCCAACAUUUUCCUGAAGAUGGACUGCUAUGGUUUUGCCUCCCUGUUUUUUGGUCUUCCUCGGACUUCUGAGACACUAACCCUGAGAGAGGCAGGGGUUGUCAGAAGUGAAUUCAUUCACGGCAAUGGUGAUUGCAAGAAGUACAGCCCCGGCCGUACGUAGUAAGUAAUAAGACACUAGAAUAGGAGAGAGAAGGGUGGAAUUCGGUUGUAUUUUUCAAAGGAUCUUGUCAUCAUGGAAAUAGAAAAUGAAAACUUUAAUUUUUGAUAAAUAUAUCAGAUUCAGGUCCGUAUCGACUGCUUGAAA